AUGACCUGCAGUGUUGCCAGAUAUGAACCGAAUUGGGCAUAUGUGGGACUUUUUCGAACAAAAUUCAAUACAUGGAAUCCACUGCAUGAAUUCAGGAUGGCUGAGGUUCCUCAGUACAAGCUUCUACGUCGAAAAAAGGACGACAAGUCAGACGACAAAGGAGGAUACAUCGGAAGGGAAAAAGGAGGAUACGUCAGAGAAAAAGGAGGAUAUGUCAGUGGAAAAAGGAGGAUACGUCAAAGGAAAAAGGAGGAUACGUCAGAGGGAAAAGGAGGAUAUGUCAGAGGAAAAAGGGAGGAUACGUCAGAGGAAAAAGGAGGAUACGUCAGAGAAAAAAGGAGGAUACGUCAGAGGAAAAAGGAGGAUACGUCAGAGGAAAAAGGAGGAUACGGCAACGGAAAUAGGAGGAUACGUCAGAGGGAAAAGGAGGAUAUGUCAGUGGAAAAAGGAGGAUACGUCAAAGGAAAAAGGAGGAUACAUCAGAGGAAAAAGGGAGGAUACGUCAGAGGAAAAAAGGAGGACACGUCAGAGGAAAAAAGGAGGAUAUGUCAGAGGAAAAAGGGAGGAUAUGUCAGAGGGAAAAAGGAGGAAACGUCAGAGGAAAAAAGGAGGACACGUCAGAGGAAAAAGGGAGGAUACGUCAGAGGAAAAAAGGAGGACACGUCAGAGGAAAAAAGGAGGAUAUGUCAGAGGAAAAAGGGAGGAUAUGUCAGAGGAAAAAAAUAG